CAUCCCAUCCCGUCCUGUCCCGUCCCACUCCAUCCCGUCCCACUCCAACCCGUCCCGUCCCACCGCCCCCGGGGCGGGCCACCCGUCGCCGUGACCCAUCUAUAUAGAGUCCUCUCGACGGCUGCUUCUCCACCGGAGAGAAGUAUUUUCCCCGCUGCCAUGGCCUCGGUACCCUCCGCCGGCUGCCUGCUGGCCAAGAACCAGUACUACCGCACAAGACAGAACUCUGAAUCCAGUGUUUCUUCCAGCUCCUCCUGCUCUUCAGAUCCUGUGAAUGUUACAGACCAGGAAAAAACAUUUCACGGGUUACCUGAAUUACUUGAUAAAUGUUGGUGGAUAAAAAGCUUUUUCCACUGUGAACCAUCUCCACCAACUGUUGGCAGAAAAACACUAUCAGCAAGCAGUGCCAACAGUUGAAUAUGACAGCAAACUGGAUUACUGACUGAGAUACUACACACAGACUUAUUUUUCCAAGAGGCUUGGGAUCUUCUGAAUGCCUGGGUUCAGCUGCAAGAAGAUGACAAAACCUUUGGGAGGGAGGAAAGGUGUACUUUCAAAAAAGAUUUGGCAGUAGCUUAAACAAUAUUGCAUAAUGGACAUAUCCAUGACUUACCUUUUUCAUUACAGAGUUACUAUAAUUUGAGAUGACUAAUGAAAGUUACCUGGAUUAAAUAUCCUUAUGACUUACUUGGAUACUUAGAAAAAAAGAAAAAAAAAAAAAAAAAGACAUAAGAUAGUGUAGGUUUAGGAGAAGUAUAUCUAUGGGAUGACUUUGCAAUAGGUGAUACUGUAUCUUAAGUUUUACCUCAGUAUGUCAGCUCUGUAGACAUUCACUCUGCUGUAAACAGGAAACAAACAGAGCAGUCCUACUCUGGACUGUGAGGUGUAUGUUUUUAUCAUUUAUUCAGUAGCACUAACAGUGAGCAGAGUUUACAAGAAUGCUUACUAAUAGCUUUGGUUUUAUAAAGCUGGAUUACACAAAGAAACAGUAAUCAGUUUGUUCUCUUUGUUCCAGCUGGGUGUGUAGAUCCCAACCCUAAAUACACAGGUACAGCUUUCAUUCACAUCUAUGCAUGUUUAAGGAUAAAAUAGCAGACAGACAAGAAGCCAGUAAUCUUAACGGACACUGACAUUUGCCAGGUAGAAGAGCAACCUUAAUCAGAGCUGAUACCUGCAGCUCUGUUUUACUUUUAAAUUACUCUCACCUGCUUUGCUGCCUCUUAAAGACCCACUUGUUCUCAGGUGACUACUCCUAUCAGUAUUCACUGCUGUUUGUUAGCUUAGUUUCUUAGGCCUAGGAACUGCCAAAAUGUUCAACUCAAAUAAUGUUAAUGUUAUUAACCAAGCCUACCUUUGUCAUGAUUCCUGCUUUUGAAAUGUACUGUAGUAUACUUUCAUUUGGCCUUCAGCAUUGCAAAGCAGUACAUCAGAUUGUUUGUUCUACUGGGUAUGACUGAAAUGCAUCAACGGUCAUAGAAAAUUACAAAUAUUUUGCUGGAUGACAUCAUUUCUGUAUAUUUAUCUACACAACUUUUUGAUGUACUAUCACCAAAUCUACCUGACCUUUGUCCAUCACUGGAUGAAGUAACAAUAGCAAACAUCCAUAUAAGUGUAACAUUUUUUUUUUUUUUAAAUUUUAUUAUGGAGUAGUGAUUGUCGUGGAUAUGCCUAAAAAUCUAAAGUAUAUCAAGCAACGGUUUCAGGAAGCUUAUAGUUUUGUUACAGGCAAUAGGUGCCUGGCACAUGACAACAGAAAAGAACUCAGUGAUAAAAACACAGUUUCAGGAAUCUUUAAAUUGCAUUGUUGUAUCUUUUUACCUUAUUGCUAUUGUGUAGCUUCAUCUUUGUCCUUUCUCUAAGUGUACAGAAUGAAAUUUUUUUUUUAUAUAAAGUUUUUUUUUUUUUGUAUUAAUAAAGAUUUAAUCUG